UAUAAAACUGAAGAGGAUAAAUUUAUGUCAUGAUUAAAACAAUUUUACAUACAUAACCAUUUUAAAUUGUCAACUGUUAUAAAUAAUAUUAGUCAACUCUAUACUAGAGACGGCAAGGUUAAUUAAGACUUUUCACAAAAUUUGGUAAUGACUCAUUGACUUGACAGUAACUCGGAAGUGGAAGCAAAAUUACGAGUUUUGCCCAUCAUCGAUUCCCACGCCAAAGUUUAUCCGAAUAAGGGUUAAUUUUGUCAUUCCACACAAAAUGUUUAAACUGCAAAACUCUGUGACCAAUCGGAUUACAGAGGAAAGCAUCGCGCUGGCUCAAACGUCGUCGUAUGCAACUUCAACCAAACGACGCCGUACCACCAGCUUCACUUUCUUCUCCAUCGUCCCCCACUGCUAUUUACAGAGCACACACAAUUCCAUCAUUCGCCAACCGCUGAUGCACCAGAAACAAUAAUCUCACUGUUAUUCCACACAUGUAAAAGUACGCAAACAGCCCCCCUCCAACUCUGUUUUAUCUAGCGACGCCCGAGGGCAAAACAGACUUAUUGCUCGCCGAUCUGCUCUUCCCCGUCGGGUCAACUGCCGGUUAUCCGCCGACAAACAGUACACUGUCGUUUAGAGGGCGGAGUAAUGUGAGUUAACUGAGUUUGAAUUCUCGAAUCCGGGGGUUUAGGUUUUACUGCCUGGUGGUAUUGGGUGAAAAAUGGAUCGGUCGGCGAUAACAGUCGGGCCGGGUAUGGAUAUGCCGAUCAUGCACGACAGUGAUCGGUACGACUUCGUCCGGGAUAUCGGGUCGGGUAACUUCGGUGUGGCCCGGUUGAUGAGAGAUAAACAGACAAAAGAGCUUGUUGCGGUUAAGUAUAUUGAGCGAGGCGACAAGAUAGAUGAAAAUGUUCAGAGAGAAAUUAUCAAUCACAGGUCUUUAAGGCACCCAAAUAUUGUUAGGUUUAAAGAGGUGAUUCUAACACCAACUCAUCUGGCCAUCGUAAUGGAGUAUGCAUCUGGUGGAGAAUUAUUUGAGCGUAUAUGUAACGCAGGACGCUUCAGCGAGGAUGAGGCUCGUUUCUUUUUUCAACAACUUUUAUCUGGAGUCAGCUACUGCCAUUCAAUGCAAAUAUGUCAUAGGGACUUGAAACUGGAAAACACACUGUUGGACGGAAGCCCAGCUCCCCGGUUGAAGAUAUGCGACUUUGGAUAUUCCAAGUCUUCUUUGCUGCAUUCCCAACCAAAAUCUACAGUGGGAACUCCGGCAUAUAUUGCUCCUGAGGUCUUACUUAGGAAAGAAUAUGAUGGCAAGAUUGCAGAUGUAUGGUCUUGUGGUGUGACUUUAUAUGUUAUGCUGGUCGGUGCCUACCCAUUCGAAGACCCUGAAGAACCAAAAGACUUCCGCAAGACAAUACAGAGGAUCUUAAAUGUUCAGUACUCUGUUCCGGAAAACCUUAAAAUAUCCGAGGAAUGCUGGCAUCUAAUUUCGAGGAUCUUUGUAGCAGACCCUGUACAACGAAUCACAAUACCGGAAAUAAGGAACCACGUGUGGUUUCUAAAGAACCUUCCGGGUGAUCUAGUGGACGAGAGGACAAUGGGGAGCCAGUUUGAAGAGCCUGAUCAGCCAAUGCAGAGCCUGGAAGUAAUCAUGCAAAUAGUCUCGGAAGCCACAAUACCUCCGGUGGGAUUAUAUAAUCUUGACUUGAUGGACGAUGACAUGGACGACCUCGAUUCUGAUCCUGACCUUGACAUUGACAGCAGCGGAGAGGUCAUUUACGCAAUGUGAUUGCAGAAUCUGAGGGCAAAAUAGUAAAAUCUUCUCAUGAAAAAGUUUUUUUUUUAGAAAAUCGAGGGAAGAGGAGGCAAUGAAAUGUUUAUCGCUGUCUGAUGUUACUUACUGUAAUAUACUUUUCUGUUAUUGUUGUAUUUGUGUUUCUGUAAGAAUGUGAUAAUGUACCUAAGUUCAACUUUUGUAUGCACUGUGUGUUGGAACUUUUAUAGAGAUCCUAUGUUGUAUAGUUAUAAGUUUUAACGACCUGGGUUUUUGCUAG